AUGGCCCAACCAUCUGGAAAUGGCCGCUCCGGCGCUUACAACAUGACCAACAUGGCAAAUGCCCUUCCUCAGCAACCCGGCAAUUUUCGACCUGUGGGCUACCCUCCCGUACCUCAGCAGCAGCGAUUCAACUCUUCUACGCCAUCUACGGCUAUGAUGACUCCACCGAUGAACAAUCAUUACGCACCUCAGCAUGUGAUGCCAAUGCAGGGUCAGCAUUUUUAUAUGCCGCAGCAAACGCACCAUUUCUACGGCGGACCGCACUCGCCGAUGCAGCAACAGACACGACCUAAUCUGACUUUCUAUCCGAACCACAUGGCAUUGAAUCAGCAGCACAGUCAAAUGACGCCUACCUAUUAUUACCCACAACACAACGCCAACUUUCAUCAACAUCAUCAAGCCAUAUCCCAGCCCAUACCGUCUGGACAAUAUUACGGCGGAGGUGGGGUGACAAAAUCUGGCGGCGAAAAUAAGGCUGGAAUUGUCCGAGGUCCUCCUCGCAAGCCACGACAAAGUGCGGAACUUGACAGCAAGUCACCACAGGUCCAUGAUACGGAAAUAAUGGCGCAGAAGGACAAGUUUUUCAUUCUGAAGAGCUUGACUGUUGAAGAUUUGGAUCUGAGUGUAAGAACUGGCAUAUGGGCAACACAGUCUCACAACGAAGAUACGCUCAACAAUGCAUUCAAGGCUGUUGACAAUGUGUACCUUGUUUUCUCUGCCAACAAAUCGGGAGAGUAUUUUGGAUAUGCGAAGAUGGUGUCGCCCAUCAAUGAAGACCCAGCCGCAGCCAUUGAAUUCGCCCCCAAGGCACAGUCAGCAAACGACUUGGACGCGCCCAAAGCGAUUGCGACCGAAGCUACGGAACAUGCCCCGAAGGGCAGAAUAAUCGAUGAUUCGGCUCGUGGCACCAUAUUCUGGGAAGCUGGUCGAGAAGAUGGAGAAAGCGGGGACGAAGAAGAAGAAAGCGACGUCAGCAGUGGGAAAGGGUUUGAUGAGGUUGAGGCCAGCAACAAGUCAUGGGGGAAGCCUUUCCGACUAGAGUGGCUGUCAACGACAAGACUGCCAUUCUAUCGGACACGCGGACUGCGCAACCCUUGGAACUCGAAUCGCGAAGUUAAGAUUGCUAGAGACGGCACGGAACUUGAGCCCUCAGUUGGCCGCAAGCUGAUUGGACUCUUCAAUCGAGCGCAGAGCCCGAUCCCCAUGGCGGACGGAAUGCGACCAGGGAUGGCCAUGAUGGGCGGACUUUCAACGAUCUCGCUCUUAAUGGACAAGCAUACGAUCAUUGUAUACAUUCUGGCAACUGCCACCUCGCUCGGUAUUGGACAACAGCAUCACGACGAGUAG